UGUUUGCUUUGGACAGUGGACGAGGAAGUAGUUCUGUCUAGUUCUAACUCUGGUCCGCCUUCUCUGACCAGUACUUCAUUUACCCCAAGUCGUCCACCGUGAAACAGCAUGGCAGGUGCAGAAAUCUCUUACAGCGAGCUCAAAGACCUGAUGGAGCAGUGCAAAGAACUCCUGCUGGUUGACGUUCGUUCCAAAGAGGAGGUUGAUCGAGGACGCAUUCCAGGGUCCAUUCAUAUACCAGUGGACCAGGUAGAAAAUGACAUGACUCUGGAUGCAGCAGCAUUCCAGCAGAAGUUUGGCACUCCGAAGCCCCCUCUCGACUCCCCUAGCCUCAUCUUCCACUGUCAGAUGGGCCGUCGUGGGGCAACAGCCACACAGAAGGCCAGAAGCCUUGGAUUCGAAAAGGCUCGUAACUUUGUUGGAGGGUACAAGGAAUGGUCUGCAAAGGAAGGGAAAUGAAUAAGAUGGAAAUGUGAUUAAUCUGCCACUUUAGAAAAUAAUAUAAAAUGGUGCCUUUGUAUUGCUGAGUAAAAUUAUUUUGAUAGUUACACUACAUCAUGUUUAUGUCUGUCCAAUAAAAUAAAUUGUUGAUGUUAA